AUGGACGAAAAUCGAGUAUUUCGAAGGUUUUUUCAUAUUUUUACUCGAAAAUUUUCAAAUUUUCAGUGCAAAUUUGAAGCCUCUGUCUCUGAAACAAUCUUUCUAUUGCUACGAUCCGGCUUUGUAACUUUUUUCGAAGUUAUUUUUGGAAUUUUGCUUUUUUUAGAGAAGCAAAAAAUUGCAGAGAGGAUAAUUAUACUGGAUCACAGGGGAAAAAUGAUGGAAGGGUUGGUUUUUGGGGAACUUUGGGAUAUUUUUCUUUUCAAAUAGUUUUUUAUUGGUUUUUACUUGAAGUGUCUGGCGAUAGGAGUAUAAAAAAAAUGAAUUAUGAAACAUACAGGUUUAAAUCUUGCCAAAUUUUUUUGAAGUAGAAAAAAAUAAGGAUAUUUUUUUGCGGAUUUUUCGCUAUUUUAAAGCUGUUUUUUUAAAUUUUUUUCAUCGUUAUGAAAUGCUUCCAAGUAAGACCUUUUGAUAAAUCUUCCUAUAAAUAAGAGAAGAUUUGAGAAAUUCGUACAGAAUUUUUUUAAAAGGUAAUUUCACAACAAAAAGGACCUUUUUCAAUUUUUUUUUGGUAACUUUUUUUUAAAUCUCCUUUUUUCACUUCCCACUAGGGUUUUUUGCAACAUAAGUUUAUAACAGUUUUCACAAAAAUAACAAAAACUACGAAAAAAAAGUUUGAAGCAUUUUUAUGUACCCCGCAGUGCUAAAUCUCUAAAAGAAUCCUCAAAAAAAAAACCCCAGAACUCUACACUGCGCGUCAUAGUUAUAGACGCACCCCCAUUUUUGCAUUUUUCAAAAGAUACGUUGAACUUCUUGCAAUCAAACCUAUUUUAUGACGAACCUUAGAUCAAACAACUAACAUUGGGAAGAGAACUACAGAAGACUCAGUACAAAAAAUUUUCGAAAUCCGUCAAAAAUAGUUUUUUGACCGGGUCAUAAUUAUAGACGCACCCUGGGUCAGGGCUCAUUUUUUACUUGUGUUGGAACUUUCGCCUUUCUUAUUAAUUUUAAAUAAACAUCAAAGUUAGUAGGAUGCCACAGCAUUUUAAGUAAUUUUGAAUCAAGCAACUUUAUUUACAAACCAUGCGAAAAGCGAACAAAAUCGAAAAUUUCAGAAAAAAUGGUUUCUUCUGGAAAUAUUAAAGAAUUUAUAUCGGAGUUUACCUAUGAACAGCGAAUCCACCUAAUUCAAAGAUAUUUUUCGUACCGCAGAAACAUUUUUUCUUCUCGAACUUUUCAGUUAUUGUUCAAAACAACGUAAUUUGAGAAUUUAAUACGCAAACUCCGAUAUAAAUUCUUUGAUAUUUCCAGAAGAAACCAUUUUUCUGAAAUUUUCGAUUUUGUUCGCUUUUCGCAUGGUUUGUAAAUAAAGUUGCUUGAUUCAAAAUUACUUAAAAUGCUGUGGCCUCCUACUAACUUUGAUGUUUAUUUAAAAUUAAUAAGAAAGGCGAAAGUUCCAACACAAGUAAAAAAUGAGCCCUGACCCAGGGUGCGUCUAUAAUUAUGACCCGGUCAAAAAACUAUUUUUGACGGAUUUCGAAAAUUUUUUGUACUGAGUCUUCUGUAGUUCUCUUCCCAAUGUUAGUUGUUUGAUCUAAGGUUCGUCAUAAAAUAGGUUUGAUUGCAAGAAGUUCAACGUAUCUUUUGAAAAAUGCAAAAAUGGGGGUGCGUCUAUAACUAUGACGCGCAGUGUAUUAUUUCGCAACAUUCUUUCAAAAUUAAGCAUUCCCUAUUCUUUGUGAUGUUUCAUUUCAGCCAUCCAUAAAAAAUGAGAUGGUUUGUCAACGGAGCGCACAUUCCACAUCUGUUUAUUGUUUUGAUGCGAAACAACACAACUUUAUCGAAAAUAAACAAGGUUCUUUCGAUAAACGGUUGGUUUUUCUCAUUUUCAUUUUCAACGCUUUUUUCAAUUGUUUUAGUAAGGAAUCCUGGUCUAAAAGCUCCGACUCUGAUAGGAACAACCAGCAGAAAAAGGUUCAUUUUCUUUCAAAUAUGAAAAAGAUGUUGUUUUUCUUCAGAAAACCGAUUCAGAAGUCGACGUUUCACACAAUAUUCCCUUUGUCCCGAUGUGGUUUUCACGGCAAACUAUCGCCAAAACUUCAUUACAAGGUUUAUUUUUUUAACAAAAUCGAUAUAAAAAAAGAAUUUUUUUAGAUGUUACGAAAAUUUGCCUGUCCUUUAGUGGCUGCGGAUUCAUUGGCGCGUAUCAUUUCGGCGUUGCCCGAUGUUUAUUGGACCACGGAAAAGUUUAUUCUUGCUUUAAAUUGGUUCUAGACAUCAUUAAAAUAAUAAAAACUAAUUUAUUUAUUCAUUCUUCCAGGAACUUUUGAAAAAAGUCGACCGAUACGCGGGAGCUUCCGCCGGCAGUUUGGUCGCCUCUUUAUUGGCCCUUUGUCCUGAAAAGUGAUUAUUUUAUUAUUGUUAAGGAUCAUUAUCAUUGCUAAUUAAUAUUGUAAGAGUUGAAAAAUUUUUAAAAAGUUCAAAUUUUUAAAGGGAUUAAAUCCUGCAAAUUUUUCGUGAGAAAAAAAUAUUUAAUUUUUUUGAAAUUUUUUUACUGUCGUAUUUCUAUUUGAAAUAAUUCAGGUUGAAUAUUGAUGCAAUUUUUUUGAAAAUUAUUUAAAGUUUACAUUUUAAAAUCUGAAUUUUUUUCGUGAAAAAAAUUACAUUAUUUGAAUUUGCUACUGUAGUAUUUCUCUUUGAAAAAGUUCAGGGUCCAUUUUAUCGCAAUUUAUUUGAAAAAGUUUUUCAUGGUAAAUUCUGAAAUUUUUUUCGUGAAAAAAAUUACAUAGUUUGAACUUUUUCCAGUCGUUUUUCCGCUUCAGAUUCAGGGUUUAUUUUUAUCGCAGUUUAUUUCAACUAUAACGGUCAAAUUUUCGAAAAUUUUUGUGAAAAAAAUUACAAUUUUUGAAUUUUCUACUGUCGUAUUUCUCUUUGAAAAAAAGUUUAGCUCGUGUUUUGACGCAAUUUUUAAAAAAAAUAUUACGGUCAAAUUUUUGAAAAUUUUCGUGAAAAAAAUUACGUAAGUUUUGAAAUUUUUCACUGUCGUGUUUCUAUUUGAAAAAGUUCAGAAACACAUUUUGACGCGAUUUUUUUAAAAUUCAACGGUCAAAAUUUUCGAAAUUUUCGUCGAAAAAAAUUACAUAGUUUUGAACUUUUUUUCCCUGUCAUAUUUCUCUUUGAAAAAAAUUCAGGGUCAAUUUUUUUCUCAUUUCAAUUUUUUUGGGAUUUUUCGAAUCUUUUUUUCUUUUGAAUUAUUAGAGAUUUAGCAUGAAGUUUUAUGGCUUUCAUUCAAAAAAAUUCGACGAAAGAUUGGAUUUUACUUUUUGAAAAUCAUAUAAAAUUCCUCAGAAUCGACGACGGCGUUGAAGUUUUUGUACAAGGUGGCGGACGAAGUGGCCGAUUUACGAUUUGGAGCCCUGACCCCCGGAUUUUUUUCCUCAAUGAUAAGCUUUUUGGGAGUAAGUUUCUGGGAGCUUUUUUUGAUUGGUUUUACCUGAAAAUUAUGUUUUUUUCGAUUUUUUUUAACCCAAUUAACAACUUUCUUUUCAUUUUUUUGAAUAAUUUGAAGACAUUAAAUCUUUAUACAUAGUUAGAAAGGCAUUUUAGAUAAUUUUUAAGGUGUUUGAAAACCUGAAUUUUGACCAGCUUUACUGUAAAUUUCAGUGAACAUAGGCAAGGAAAGGGUGGAAAAAGGGUCCUUUUUACUGCCUUUUUGCACCUUUUAAUCGGCUUUUUUGGACCAUUUUUGCUGCCUCUCCCUUUUUCCACCAUUUUUUGAGCCUUUAAAAUCCCAGAAAAAAUGGAAGGCUCGAUAGAGGGACCCUUUUUGCUGCCUUUUUGCUUCCCUUUUUGUUUCCAUUUUGCUGCCUUUUUGCGGCCUUUUUGCUGCCUUUUUGCGGCCUUUUUGCUGCCAUUUUGCUACCUUUUUGCUGCCUUUUUGCUUCUCUUUUUGUUGCCUUUUUGCGUCCUUUUUGCGGCUUUUUUGCGGCCUUUUUGCUGCCUUUUUUGCGGCCUUUUUGCUGCCUUUUUGCGGCCUUUUUGCUGCCAUUUUGCUACCUUUUUGCUGCCUUUUUGCUUCCCUUUUUGUUGCCUUUUUGCUGCCUUUUUGCUACCUUUUUGCUGCCUUUUUGCUUCCUUUCUGCUGCCUUUUUGCACCAUUUUUGCUGCCUUUUUGCGGCCUUUUCGCGGCCUUUUUGCUGCUUUUUUGCGACCUUUUUGCGACCUUUUUGCUACCUUUUUGCUACCUUUUUCGAGCCUCUCCCUUCUAGCGGCCCUUAUCCAUCAUUCCGACUUUUCCUCUCUUUAAAUAACCCAUUUUUCAUCAAAUUUUCAAGUCCCAAGCAAGUCCCAAGCUCUGAUAUAACCUAAAAUAGUAAAGAAUUCUUUAUUUAUUCAAUUUUUCUUCAUUUCAAAUGGGAAUCUUAUCCCUCAAAUUGAGCAAAUAAGAGGCUUUUUUUCGAUUUACAACUAUUUUUUCGAAGUUUUAUGAACAUUUAUUGCUAAAAUUUUCCAUUUUAGAACCCGAACCCACAAAUUUUCCACCUGGAUAAGGAAAAUAGUGGGAUAAUGAAAUUUGGCGGAGGAAAUUAGUUAUAAAUGAGUAUUUUUGGACCACUAAUUUGUGAAAAAAAGGUGGAAACGUUAUCUAAAAGUGGUAUUUGAAGGUUGUAGAUGCCUUCCUGCCGGAAAAUAUAUCGAGGGCCCAGAAUAGACUGUUCAUUUCUGUGACCAAUCUUCAUGUGAGUUUUUGAAUGGGAAAAAUUUUUUUGAAAUACAGGAUUUUUUUAGAAUUGAAAGCUAGAAUUUCAGUUUUUUUCCCCUUCGUUUAGUUGGGGGGCUUUCAUAACGCCAAAAAAAUGAAGGGGGAGGGGGGCGGCUUUGAAAAUUGAACCUUUUGGUAACCCCGCCAAAAUAUUUAUUCCCUUUUCGUCCUCCCCCUCCAAGCCAUUUUUUGACUAGAGGGGGGGAGGGGGGAGGUGGUUCAAAAUGAUGAAACUUUUUGAAGGGCUAGUUCUCAUUUUAUAAUUGAUCCCCCCCUCCCCCCACUAGGUGGAGACCGAUUCUAGGAUGCCAAGGCAUUUUUCGAAAUCCGGGGGGGUUCAAAAGGAAACUUCUCAUUUUGAAAUUGGCCCCCCCCCCCCUACCUUCAGUGCUAGGUGGGGACCGAUUCUAGGAUGUCUAGGAAUUUUUUUCCAAGAGUCGCCCCCUUCAAGCCAAAUCUGGACUGGGGGGUUUAAAAUGAAACUUUUUGAAGGGCUAGGUCUCAUUUUAAUAAUGAUAAAGAGAUCAAAUUUGAUUUUUUUCAGCCGUACAGCAACGAAGUCGUAUCCCACUAUUCUAGCCGAACCAAUUUGGUCCAUUAUUUGCUGGCCAGUUGCUAUAUUCCAAUGUACUCGAUGGGUUACUCGGCGAAUGCCCCGGUCGUCGACGGAAAGGUUCUUUCUUUUUUUUCAAAAAUAAAAUGUCAAACUGAGGGUCACAUAUUUGACAAUGUGAGGGGUUGGUGAUUUUUGAAUACAGAGCCAUCAGUAGAUCUAUGAAAAAAAUAUAACUUUUUUUCGCACACACUUCUUCGUAAGACCAAUCUACAUACAUAUGGGAGUCUCAGUGGCACCUGGAUAAGGGGGCUUGGCAAAAAAACGAGAAAAAAAAAGGGGGGGACUGGCACAAACCGUAGAAAAAAAUUUUUCAAAGCGCACGAUUUUUUUGGCUGUCGUCAGUCAUGCUCAUCCCAUGUAUGCCAAUCUAUCAGAACUCUAUAAAUGAAAUAAAUAUGCGUUUUUGUGCCGAUUGAAAUUUACAUCUUUAUUUUGAAGUGUUCUUUUAACGGCUAUUUUGAAUUUCGCGCGGUCACUUUGAACUCAUUUAUUUAUUAUUAAAGGAGUUAAUGAAAUUUCCUCAUAAAAUCCAUCCACAUCUCAUUAUUAGUUCUCGAAAGUUCUUCUCAAAAAAAGGUCGCACUUUGCAGACGUUGAUCGACGGUGGCUACACGAACAAUCUGCCGAUUUUUACGGACCGUCGGACGGUGACCUGCUCGCCGUUCAGCGGAGACGCCGAUAUCAGUCCGGAGGACUCGGAAAUGAUGUUCCGUGACUGGAUGUUCUCCUUUGGGAAACAGAACUUGAGGGUCCGUGUUUUUCAUGGCUUUGUGGGUUGAUGAACACGGGGGAAGUGAGAAAAUUUGAACGUCAGAGAAGUCCCUAGAGGGGUCUUAAGAAAGGGACCGCUUCACUAUAGGGGCCACUGAAGCUUGCAAUAAGAACCACCAAGAUUCAAUCCCUAUAGGGAGCACUAAAGCUUCAACGCCUUAGGGAACACUUAACCCCCUUAAGGGACUACUUAAGUUAUGGAGCUACGACCCGAAGUUUUAUAGGACCCAUACAAUAAAUACCGCUAUAGGGAGCACUGAGGCUUCAACGCCUUAGGGACCACUUUAUCCCCCUGAAGGGACUGCUUGAGCUUAUGAGCCUGGACCCUAAGCUUUAUAGGACCCACACAAUGAAAACCCCUUUAGGGACCACUUUUUCGGCCCCUAUAGAGGCUGUUUUCCCCGCCGACCACUAGGGAGACCACUCUGGCGUUAUUUCUCGGAAGUUAGCCAUAGAGCAUACUUUACAGAGUUUGAAAAAGUUUUUUUGGCUUUCUUUAAGUUUAUUUCAUUUUUUUUAGACAUUUUAUUGCGACAUUGCCGUGGAGCAAACUUUCCACAAUUAGGAAGAUUUUUUGAGGCUAUUUUUUCGCACAGGAGUUUGCCGAUUUUUUUCAAAUUUUUCGUGACUUUAUUUAUAAGAAAAAAACGGAAAAGGCUGAAAAAAAUUAGUUCUAAAAUAUUGAGAUUAACAAUUUUUGGUGAUUUUCACAGCCUCUGGAGCAUUUGCGGCUAUUUUUUCUGUUGAAGUUUUUUUGGAUCAUUUUUGAACAUAUAAAAUGUCUAUUUUUAUCAAAUUUAAGAAUUUUUUCCAGAUGAGUUCGGCGAAUUGGUACCGCGGAAAAGAGGCCCUUUUCCCGCCAACCCGCGCAAUCCUGACCAAUUAUCACCAAAUUGGAUUUACCGACGCGAAACGUUUCCUCAUGUCUCACAAGUUGUAUAAUAAUAAGUGA